UUUUUUUUUUUUUUUUUUUUUUUUUUUUUUUUUUCCUUUGGAGGUGAGUAAGGGGGCGGGAGGAGUAAUAGUAUACGCUAUGGCUUGGCCGUGCAUCAGCAGAGUGUGCUGCCUGGCUCGCUUCUGGAACCAGUUCGACAAGUCGGACCUCUCCGUCCCUCUGACCAUCCAGAACUACUCGGACAUCUCCGAGCAGGAGGUGCGCUCCGUCACCAAGCAGCUCUCCGACUCGGAGAACAGCUACAACCCCCAGGAGCAGUGCGUAAGGGGCUCCCCUCAAGCGCCCCGGGAUGGUACCCGGGGACCCUCCAGGGCGCGGAGGGAGCCCAGCUACAAGCCCAGGGAGGACUACCACCCGCCCGGGGUGCCGUUCCCCAGCGUCACCCAGUACAAGCAGGAUUUCAAACCCUGGCCCAUACCCAGGAAGGAUAAUUUCCCCUGGAUCGGAAACGGGGGCGCCAGGGGGGACGGUGCUGCCCACGGCACCGUGAACAGUCACCCCGUCCAGGCGCAGGUGGCGGAGAGGCGCGGGGACAGGUUGGAGCAGCAGGCGAUGGAGGAGAAGACCAGCUCAUACAGGCAAGAGUACAGGCCAUGGACAGGGGCGAAACCAGCCAGAAGUGCAAGGAGAGCCCCCCCGGCUCAGUACUCCAGCCCAGGGACAGAGGCCACCGCCAUCCCACGUGAGACCAGCUACCAGGCCGCCUACAGCGGGGAGGCCAGCAGGGCGAUGAGUGGGCACAAGGCUGAACUCAUCCCCCAAACGGCUGCCUCCAACAUCCCGCCACCCUCCGUCACUCAGCACAACCCGGCUGCCCCGCCAGCCGGCAGCUUCCUGAGCUCCCCCGGCCUCCAGCAGAGCAUCCUGCCAGAGAGCACCGAGCACAGUGGGGCAACCAAGAGAGAGGAGCAUCUGGUGAGGACCAAACUGCCGCCGAACCCUUCUGCCGUCUUUCAAAGCGGAUCGAGGGUCUUCAACAUCUGACGCGUCCAGAGCGCAUUCCACAACACAAGAAUCUAUGCAAGGGGAUGUUGUCGUUGUGAACGCUGUUGAGCAGCAGCUUAUUAUCCCAGGUGGAGAGAGAUAAUCCCCACUGUUUGAUACUCCUGCGGGCUCCCCGUUCCUACAACUGAAAAUGCAUGUGAUGUAACGAUUUAGAGACAAACUUUUCCUUUUUUUUUCUCUUUUGUUUUUUGGGUUAUAGAUGCACAAGAAACCGGCUGCUCCGUAUGUUUGUGUUUGCGCGCCUGCUCCUUCGUCUGUGUGAUGCACAUUAUUAUGCCGACGCUGCACCAAUAAUCCGGGACAUGAUUUAUCAUAACGCGUGUUUGCUUAGAGUGCUAUGCUGCCCUUUGGUGUCACUAGAAAUCUGCUUGAAAAUAAUUUAUUACCUUUACAUUCAGCUCAUGUUUAAAGAAAACGUUUUGUCCAUUUUUCUUUUUGUUGGUAAAUAUCGUGUUAAAGAGAAAAGAGCAAUUAAAUGAUCUAAGAAGUUAAAUGCCAUUAAAAUAUUGUUGACUAGGCUU